GCGACGUUCGCCGUAAUGGCACGCGAACUGGGCCAAACUACUUUCACUUUUCUCGUUGCGAAAAUCUCUUCAGUAGCUACGGAAGCUGCGCCCGCGCAUGCGCAUCACAGAACGCACCAUCUAGGGGCGUCGCGGCUGGAUAUGCUGCGGCAGACCUGGCUCUGGCACCUGUGGCGGCGUCCUCGGGCGGCAGGGGUCCCCGCGGGGAACCUUGGCCGCCGGCAGGUCGCCUCUGGUGUCUCUCCUCCCAGUGGCACUACGGCCAGAUCUCUAAAUAUCUUCGACCGGGAUUUGAAGAGGAAACAGAAGAACUGGGCGGCCCGGCAGCCGGAGCCGAUGAAGUUUGACUACUUGAAAGAGGAGGUUGGAAGUCGGAUUGCGGACCGUGUAUAUGACAUAGCCAGAGAUUUUUCUCUUGCUUUGGAUGUUGGUUGUGGAAGAGGUUAUAUAGCACAACAUUUGAAUAAGGAGACUAUUGGAAAGUUUGUCCAGACAGAUAUUGCAGAAAAUGCUUUGAAAAAUUCCUUAGAAACAGAAAUUCCUACUGUCAGCAUUUUAGCUGAUGAAGAAUUUCUUCCAUUCCGAGAAAAUACAUUUGACCUGGUGGUUAGCAGCUUAAGUUUGCAUUGGGUGAAUGACCUUCCUAGAGCUCUUGAGCAGAUUCAUUAUGUUUUAAAACCAGAUGGAGCGUUCAUUGGUGCAAUGUUUGGAGGCGACACACUGUAUGAACUUCGAUGUUCAUUGCAGUUAGCAGAAACAGAAAGGGAAGGGGGAUUUUCGCCCCACGUUUCUCCUUUCACUGCUGUCAAUGACCUAGGACAUCUGCUUGGGAGAGCUGGCUUUAAUACACUGACCGUGGAUACCGAUGAAAUUCAAGUUAACUAUCCUGGAAUGUUUGAGUUGAUGGAAGAUUUACAAGGUAUGGGCGAGAGUAACUGUUCUUGGAAUAGAAAAGCCCUGCUGCACCGAGACACAAUGCUGGCCGCUGCUGCGGUGUACAGAGAAAUGUACAGGAAUGAGGAUGGUUCGGUACCUGCCACAUUUCAGAUCUAUUACAUGAUAGGAUGGAAAUACCAUGAUUCACAGGCACGACCAGCUGAAAGAGGCUCCGCAACUGUGUCAUUUGGAGAGUUAAGAAAAAUAAACAAUCUUAUGUCACAGAGGAAAAAAUCACAAUAAAUAAUUUAUUCAAUGUUUAUGUGGU